AUGUCCAAGUCAGUCAACUACAAGGAAUUUUUAGAGUCCAGGCAAGCAGAGGCUGGUAAUAAGGUGAUGGUGGAGGGGCUGGGGAAACUGCUGGAGAGCAGUGAAAAUGCUGCAGCUUGGCCUGGAGAUGAUGGGGAGCGUGGUGAAGAAUCAGCCUCUUGUCCUGGGGAAGAAGGGAGAAAAUAUGAAGAUGCUGCUGGGUCUGGGGAAGGAGGGGUAAGAAGUGAAGAUACUGAUGAGGAUUCAGAUCCAGACCAUCCAAAAAGACUUAUUGGUUAUCUUUUAGAUACAGACUUUGUUGAAAGUCUACCUGUCAAAGUUAAGUACCGUGUGUUAGCCCUCGAAAAGCUUCAAACUAGAGUGGUGAAUCUAGAAGCCAAAUUCCUGAGGGAAUUUCAUGGAAUUGAGAGAAAGUUUGCUGAAAUGUAUCAGCCCUUGUUGGAAAAAAGAUGUCAGAUCAUCAAUGCAAUCUAUGAGCCUACAGAAGAGGAAUGUGAAUAUAAAUCAGACUAUGAGGACUAUAAUGAUGAGGAGAUGUAUGAUGAGGAAGAAAUGUGUGGUAAUGAAGAGGGUAUGGUACAUGAGUAUAUGGAUGAGGAUAAUGGUUAUGAGGAAGAUUAUUAUGAUUAUGCUGUUGAGGAGGAGGAGGAUGACGAUGAUGAUGAUGACGAUGAGGAUGACAUCGAGGCUACUGGGGAAGAUAAUAAAGAAGAUCCUAAAGGAAUUCCUGAUUUUUGGCUGACAGUCUUAAAAAAUGUUGACACAGUCACUCCUUGGAUUAAGAAAUGUGAUGAACCUAUUCUGAAGCUCCUGACAGAUAUUAAAGUGAAGCUUUCAGAUCCUGGCGAGCCUCUCAGUUUCACGCUAGAGUUUCACUUCAAACCUAAUGAAUAUUUCAAAAAUGCACUGCUGACAAAGACCUAUGUGUUGAAGUCAAGGCUAGCAUAUUAUGAUCCCCAUCCCUAUAGGGGAACUGCGAUUGAGUAUUGCAUAGGCUGUGAGAUAGAUUGGAAUGAAGGAAAGAAUGUCACUUUGAAAAUCAUCAAAAAGAAGCAAAAACAUCGGAUCUGGGGGACAAUUCGAACUGUCACCGAACAUUUCCCCAAGGAUUCAUUCUUCAAUUUCUUUACUCCUUGUAGAAUCAGUUCAAAUGGAAAGGAUGGAAAUGAUGAUUUUUUACUUGGUCACAAUUUACGUACUUACAUAAUCCCAAGAUCGGUAUUAUUUUUCUCAGGUGAUGCACUUGAAUCUCAGCAGGAGGGGGUAGUUAAGGAAGUUAAUGAUGAAAUUUAUAACAAAAUUAUUUAUGAUAAUUGGAUGGCUGCAAUUGAGGAAGUUAAAACCUGUUGCAAAAAUCUUGGGGCAAUGGUAGGAGACAUUGAUCGCUAA